UGGUAACGCCGCGCUAACAUAGAUUGCACACUGAUAAGGGACUCGAGUUUGUGGCUGGUUGCCCAAAGGCUCUUUACGUGUUACUUGGCAUGCUCGCGGUCACGUCCACAGACUCAGCGCGCGCUUUACCUCAGUUACUACCUGCUCUGAGCUUUCUAACACCUCUUUUGUCUAGCUACUCGACAAGCCAGACUGGGCCUCGAGAAAGUCGCCCAAUUUCCACGUUGGCCGAAAUGUUGUCCAGGACUUGCCUGCCGACAAAGCCGACCACGGCACCAAUUGCAUCUCUAUGCAAUGGACGCAUUAGCACGGCGCGCCAGCUGGCCCCGACCGUGGGUGUGGCAGCGUUGGGGUUUGGGCGCCGCCGUGAACAACUGAGGACGACAUGCGCCCUUUCCAAGGGUAAAAGCGACGCAAACUCGUCAACUGCUACGACGGGCCGGCUGCGGAAGUCCGGCGCCAAAGACGCUACCCCGCCAAAUGCGACCAGCCCCGACGACAUCGCGCUGGUGCCGCACGCAUACCUCUACCAGGAGCAGCUUGAACGCGUGGACGUUGCGUCGGUGUCGGACAUGCGCCGACUCUACCAGCGCGAGCGUGGAAACUUCCGGCGGUACCUCCUGGACAUUGUGAAGGUGAAGGACGAGGAGCACGCAGCGGCGAUGGAGUUCUUCAUGAUGGCCAUGGACGCCGCCGCGCGCAGCAGCGCCGCCGCCGCCUCCGCCGCCUCCGCCGCCGCUAGCAGCUCUUCGGCGCCGGCGGCCGGGGUACUGGGUGUGGCGCCGGUGCCUCUGGGCAUGACGUGCGAGCAGGUGACCCUGAGUGUGGAGGGCAACAUCAGCGCCGGCAAGUCCACCUUCCUGUCCAUCCUCAACAGGCACCUGCUGCACGACGCAGGGUUCACGUUUGUGAAGGAGCCCAUCGAGCAGUGGCAGUCGGUGGGCGGCGGCCCGGUCAACCUGCUGGACCUGUUCUAUAAGGACCCGGCCCGGCUGGCCUACACCUUCCAGAACUACGUCUUCCUGACGCGCGUGCUGCAGGAGCGCACCACGUACGGCAGCACGGCCAAGGCUCGGCUGCUAGAGCGGUCCGUGUUCAGCGACCGCAUGGUGUUCGUGCGGGCCGUGCACGCCAGCCGCGACCUGGCCGAACACGAGCUAGCCAUCUACGACGCCUGGUUCGGGCCCAUCCUGACCUCUCUGCCCACGCUGGUGCCCAACGGCCUGAUCUACUUGCACGCGCGGCCGGAGACGUGCAUGAAGCGCCUCAUGCGGCGGGCACGUAGCGAGGAGAGCUCCAUCCCGCUCGAGUACCUGCAGUCUCUGCACGAUAACCACGAGGACUGGCUGCGCGACGCCUGCACCCUGGCCGUCACACUCAAGCAGCGCCUGGAGCAGCAGCAGCACGCCACCACAACGCCCGCCUCCUCCUCCUCGGCCUCCUGCUCCACGUCAUCACCGCAGCAGAUCCAGAUCCAGUCGCUGGAGGCGGCGCCGCCGGCCGCACUGGCGCUGGUGGACAUCCCGCCCUCCAUCGCCAACCACCUGUACAUCAUCGACUCCACCAAGGUGUCGGGCGUGCCCUCCGCCUCCUACCUGCACUGCCUGCCCUCGCUGGUGGUGGACUGCGACGAGGACGUGGACGUGGACGGCGACACCGCACACGGCCAGCAAGUCAGCCAGGUGAUCCAGGACUACACGCAGUUCGUGGCCGCCUACCGCGCCGCCUGCCACCGCCUGGCCGCAGCCGGGCACCCAGCCGCCGCCGGGCCGCGCCUGCCGCCGCCCGCCGCCGACUACUUCACCACGGACCCCGACACCGGCCGCGUGUCCUACCGGCCGGUGACGCAGGGCGUACCCGGCGUGCCGCUGCCAGAGGCGGCCGCUGCGCCCGCGGCGGCCACGGUGUAAGCCGCCUGCGCACUGCUUCGCACGGCUGCCCACUGCUGCGCACUGCUGCGCACUGCUGCGCACUGCUGCGCACUGCUGCGCCCUGCUGCGCCUGCGGCGAUCACUGCUGUGAUCACUGCUGCGAUCAAUGCGGUAGCCGCAGGCGGCUGCGCCUGCUGCGCCUGCUGUGCCUGCGGCGAUCCAUGCAGUCGACGCAGGCGGCCGCAGGCGGCGGCUGCGCCGUGGCAGCGGCUGUAGUGGUAUUGGGGUGGAGUGGGAGUCGAUUGAGGUGGGUGGGCGGGCGGGCCGGGCCUAUGUGACGGAGCGCCGCCGUUGGUGUUGACGGAGUGGCUGUUGAAUGGUGAUGACUCGAUGGUUGGGUACAGCGCGUGUAAUUUUGUAUACUAUCUAGAUGAAGCCCCUGUGCGACUUGUAGUUUUGUUCGUGUUGGGAUCAGGCGCCGGCGGCCGCGUUGGCGAGUGCGUUGCAACAGGGUGCUGUGGUCGCAAGAGGUUUGUGUCUUUCGCUUCCGUGCGACUGCGUGUGUGUAUGUGUUUGUGUUUGCGAGCAUCGCAGCAUAUGCAUAUAAUUUUGGCAAUUUAGGGGGCAGGCUUGAGCGCAGCGGUGCGUGGUGACGACUCAUGUACACGACCCACGACACGCUGGGGCUAGGGCUGGGGCCCACCAGGGCGCGGGGGGCCCGACGAGGCAGGGGCUGGGGCUGGGGCUGGGGCUGGGGCUGGGGCUGGGGCUAGGGCUGGGGCUGGGGCUAGGGCUGGGGCAGCCGGGGCUUAGGCUGGGGCCGGGGCUUAUGCUUGGGCUGGGGCUGCUUGGGCGUGUGUCCAUGAGGUAAUGCACGUGGUCGGUUUGGCCGUGUGGGUGGGGGUGGUGGCGACACGGGGACUGCUGUGGACUGUCGGUGGCUUUUAUGGCCGAGGCCUGAGGCCCAACAGCCGUGUGUGGCGGGGCCACAUUUGCCGUGGGGCCUACGCCUGUGAACCCAGACCGAUGUAAACAAAGGAGCAGGAAGCUGUGUCGGUGGUGUCUGAUAAGUAAUGGCAUGUCUGCGCCCGCACGAGCGGCUCGCCAUUCACAAAUAGG